AAAUUCAUGCGACACGUUAAUCGUGACGUCACUAGAAAUAGAGGAAGACGCGAGACGCAAAGAAAAGUAAAUGAAAGGGGAUACAAGAGGGGAGGCGGGUCUGAUACCUAAUUAAAGAAUCUUUGCUUCCAGAAUGGAGGCCGAGGCAGACUCUGCUGCAGAGAUGAAUGGGCAAGAAGAGGCUGACAGUGAUGGGGAGGACAGUGCGAGUCAGUCCGACUCCGAGGAGGAGAGUUCUGAUAUGGAUGAUCUUGAUUGCGAGCGUCGCAGAAAUGAAUGUCUGGAUGAGAUGUGCCACUUGGAAAAACAGUUCUCUGAACUGAAAGAGAAGUUAUUUAAGGAAAGACUGAACCAAUUGAAAGCCAAGUUAGAGGAGGUUACCUCUGGGAGAGCAAUGGAGUAUAUUAACCCUUUAGCAGACCUGCAGAAGAAUAUGAAGAUCAGGAUUGAAGUUGCAGGUAUCUACAAGGGGUUUUGUCUGGAUGUUAUCAAUAAUCGCCAUGAAUGUGAGCUGCAGGGAGCAAAGCAACAUCUGGAAAGUGAAAAGGUCCUUCUGUUUGAUAAUAUGCAAUGUGAGCUGCUGGAGCGUAUCCAGAGACUGGAGGAGGACCGUCAAAGUAUAGAUAUCUCUUCAGAAUGGUGGGAUGAAGAAUUAAGAUCCAAAAGAAGCCGCAAGAAGUGGGAUCCCUUCCGAUCUGAGAAGAAGAGGAGAGUCCCUCUUGUGUCUGGUCCAUACAUUGUGUACAUGCUGCGGGAUCUGGACAUAUUAGAAGACUGGACUGCUAUCAAAAAGGCUAAGGCUGCAGUUUCGCCUCAAAAAAGGAAAUCUGACAAUAUAAAGGCUGAGAAGCAGCAUUUUAGCGCUCGCUGUGAAGAUGGCUGUCUGUAUUAUGAGGGAGAAAGCUUUACCAAAGGAGAAGCCAUUAUAUUAGAUAUGAAGGAUGAACCUCCAUCACAGGCUGUUAUAACGGCAGUGAGCACAGGGGAGGUUUGGCUGAGACGUGGAGACAGCAGCAAGACGAAAAUUUAUGUGUCGCAGCUACAGAAGGGCAAAUACUCCGUCAGGCGGGCAGGAAAAUAACGUUUGCUGGUCCUCUUUUAACCCCUUUCACGACAAAGCCCGUACAUGAACGGGCUCACAAUGCAUUGUCAUCAAUGGGUUCAAGGACAACACGUUGUCCUUAAGGGGUUAAUAUGCCUAGAUAUCUGCGGAUGAGGAUCUAGUUUGGGUUUCUGUAUAUUUAGAGAUGAAUCUGGAAUAUUUUGGUGUGUUUGUGUACUGGAUGCUAACAGGUGGGUUUAGUAUGUAUUUGUGCGUGCGUUGUACUGGAUGCUUUGUGUGGAUGGUGGAAACAUUUAGAGAGCUGGGACUUCUACACAACUCUUUAGUUAGAAUAGAAUAUUGGGUGUGAAAAAUAAAAAUGUGGGGAUUAGAAUAGGAUAUUGCACUGCUUUACAGAUGUAGGAUAUAGCUAUUUUCCUAUUAACUUUUUUAUGCACAAUUAAUUAAGAUAUAUGUAUUUUUCUAACCAGCCGAAUUAUUAUCCAUUAAAGAACUGCAUUUUAAACUA